AUGACUCCAGCGGAAUGGAAUCGCUCGGAUGCGCUGGACGCGUGGAUCAAAUCGUCCCCGGCAGCCGCAGCGCUUCCGCGCCGCGGUUCGCUUUUCUGCUGGGUGAUGACGUCGUCGAAAACGCAUCACCGGGUGCCAGCCGUGAACGAAACCUGGCUACCCCGUUGUGACCACGGCCAAUUCUACACGAAUGCGCCGAUUGAGAUCGAUGGACAACUGGCUGAUACGAUACCCUUUUCUACGGUAUUUGCGGGCCUCGAGGAUAAAUACGAGAACCUGUUUUUCAAAACGAUCUACGCCCUCCACUAUUCAUAUACACAUAUUUCACGCGAUUUUGAUUGGUAUUUAAAGGCUGACGACGACACUUACGUCGUGGUGGAAAACCUUCGCGAAUACCUCUCGCAUCUUAACCCAAAUGAGCCUCAUUAUGCUGGUUUGAGAUUGAGACCGAAGGAGCACGGAUGCUACAACUCGGGGGGUGCUGGUUAUGUCUUAUCGAGGGAGGCGAUGCGACGUUUCGACACUCUCCUCUACGGUAAUACGACGUUAUGCCCCGAUGAUGUUAAUGAAGAUUGGGGGCUUGGAAGAUGCUUGGCAAAUAUUGGUAUCUUGCCAGCCGACACUAGAAAUUCUCAUGGGCAGCAGAGAUUCAACGGCUACCCUCCUCGGAUGAUCUUUGAAGGAAAAGUCAGUUCGAAAUGGAUUUUGGAUGAUCCUCCCUUGCCGAACAACUUUCUCGGCCACGACAUGAUCUCUUUGCAUCAUAUUUCUGCUAAUGAAAUGAGGACCUACGAUCGUCUAAUCUAUCUCGUGCAGCCAGCGGCCAAUUUUCGAAAGCAAAAUCAUCAAGAAGGUCGGCUCAGCUACAAA